AUGCCAGAAGUACUAAACCUCUCUCUAUCUCAACCGUCAAAUCAUGUCAUAACUCACUUAUACAACAACCAAGAAUCCCAUUUACCUUAUAAAAAGAAUGCCAUUGUCAAUUAUGAUAAUAAUGUAUUCUUAUCUUCAUCAAGAACUUCCAAUGGUCAAGUCAAUUAUACUCCCAGAGCUUUGAUUUAUGAUUUUCAAGGUGGUCUUGGUUCAUUACUGAAAUAUGAAUAUCAUGAUCCUAUAGGAACAUUCGAUCAUACUGUGUCCAAUUAUCAACUCAUAUCAAAUACAAAUCAUCAAAUCUUACCUAAAAAUCAAUAUCAAAUAAACCUUGAUAAAGGUGUUAGUAAUGAUGGCGAUGAUGAUUUAUUAAAUGUUAAUAAUACAAACUAUUGGUCUGAUUAUAAUAAAUUAAUCUAUUCCUCCAAGUCCCUUAAUACCCUUCAAAACUUCAAAAUUUCAUCUCAUACAACCUCAUAUGGUCAACAUAAGAAUUUUAAAAAUUUAACAUUUAAUAAUUAUAAAAUCGGAAGUGAAGAAUUCUCUCAAGAUUUAAAUCAUAUCGAUCUUCAAUUAGAUAAUUUCCGAUAUAAUUUAGAAAAAUGUGAUAAUUUCCAAGGGUUAAAUGUAUUAACUCAAUUGAAUAGCGGGUGGGGAGGUUUCACUAAUCAAUUUUUAAUUUCUAUCAUUGAUGAAUACUUCAAUACUACUACUGCCAAUAAUAAACAUAGUGUUUGGAUAUAUGGUUUACAUCCUUAUAUUGAUACAUCCGAUUCUCAUCCUUCGAAAUUGAUUAAAACCAUCUCUCAGAUCAAAACUAUGAUUGAAUUACAUAAAAAUUGUUCCUUACUUUUCCCCAUAAAUAUGGAUGAAUAUUCCCCAAAUUCGUUAUUGAAUAGUGAUGAAUUCAAUCAUCAAAGUCCAUGGCACGCAUCGGCUAUACCGUCUAUGUUCAUCAAUUCUAUAUGGGGGAUUAAUAAUCAAGCAUCAUCGGAAUCAACUAGUAAAUCAAUGAGUUUAAUCGAAGAUAAUUUAACAAGAGGAUACAAAAAUAGAACAAUUGUUAAUGAAAUUAAAUUACAUAAAGUUGAUGAUCCAGCAAAUUUAUCUCAGAUUAAUAAUUUAAUCUCCAAUGUUGAUAUAAGUGAAUAUUAUUAUGGAAAUAAAGCUAUCCCAUCUGAAACGUUACAACCGUUGGAUUUAAGUAUGCCGAAAUUACUUCCUUCAACAACCAAAUCAAUGACAAAAUAUUUCGUUAAGAAUUAUAUCAUACCUCAAAAACAUCAAAAACAACUUGAUGAGAAAUUACAAGGGUCAACAGAAGGUGAUGGGGUUAUUAAAAAUGUUUAUAAAUCUCGAGAUAUCACCGAUAUACUUAAAAAUGAUACUUUCCCUCAUCGUAUACUUUCUUCCAAUGUGAAAUCCUUUUACUCAGAAUUCAACAUCAAUACGGACUUCAAACAAGAUUUGAAAUCUUAUAAACAAUUAAUCUCCAAUGUGAAGUUAAAUCUCACCGACGCUAUGGAUAUAAUGGAAGAUAAAUCAGAAUUAAUCGAAGAUAUCGACGCUUUGAUUGAAGAGUAUACCAUUGAUUAUGAAUUAAGUGAUGAACUGGAUGAUGAUGAUUUAUAG